AUGGACUUUACCUUUGUCAACACGACCGACGCCCCGCGCCUGUCCCGCGCCGAGGCGAAGCGCAUGCGGGCUCAUGUCACCAGGACCAACUUCUCAGAGCGCCGGCGCAAGAGAACCACGGUCCUGAAGCUGGCAGGUGCCGCCUCUGAGGGGGACAAUGACGAGAGGUUGCGCCGGCAGCGGGAAGUGGGCUCGAUUCCUUCGCCGCGCAAAACGGCCAUCGUAGAUUCAACCUUACCCUACUCUGUUCUGCAGACUGUCAUGAUUAAGUACUGGCGCGACGAUCCAGUCGACAGCCCAGGGUGUAGAGAAUGGGAGGCCUUCGUCCUGUCCGAACCGGCACUCUUCGAGGGGAUAGUAGGCGUCAACAUGCGUCACUGGUCUCCCGCCCCUGCAUUUCAAAAGAGGGCAGAGGACCACUCCUCUCGGGCUGUGUCCAUCAUUAUCAACCACAUCCGGUCCGGAACUGCCCACCAAGAUGGCGUUCUUGGCGCGGUGGCCACGAUGGCAUUGAGCGAGAGCCUUGACCGGAAUGAGAAGUCGUGGAGGAUGCACCUAGACGGGCUAGCUCAGAUUCUCGAAGAGAGAAAGGCACGGGGCGUGCGGAGUAUGCCCUCAUGGUUCACUGGGUUCAUAGUCAUGGAUCUCAUGAACAAUGUGCUCGGAUAUCCGAGGGUGUACAACACCCAGGUGGUGCAGGCCCUGGCCGGUAACGGCCACCCAGACCUAACCAUGGUGCUGCGGAUAGGUGCCAAGCUUGUCAAGUUCCGGAAGACGUUGGCGGACUAUCGCAACGACCCAGAGACAGGCGCGCACGUGGCGGACAGGCUCACCGAGAUGGUGGACGAAAUAGACCGCGAACUGCGCGUGAUGCAGGCCAACAAGAGCGCGUACAUGCGCGCCGCAUCCGUCGGCGCCCGGAUCUUCCUGCGCUUCGCCUGGCCCACCGAGGCCGCCAGGCCGGACCAGCUGACGAGGCUGGGGUGCGAGAUGAAGCACGCGGUGUGCGAGUUCCCGUUCCGGCAGUGCCCCUACAUGGACCUGACGUCGACGACCUUUGUCAUGGGCUUCCUGGCGGCCGAGAACGACUCGCCGACCAAGUGGUUCUUCCUGUCGCGCAUGCGGCACGUCGUGGCCGAGAUGCAGUCGCGCGGCUGGGACCGGCCGGACGUGUACUACAUCGAGCGGGCCAUCGAGUCGGACGCGGCGCUGCUGCACAAGUUCAGGGCCGUGUUCGAUCCCGGGUGCUUCCCGUCGCGGGACCGGCCUGCGCCCCAGCCGAGGCUGCUGCCCAAGUCGGACAUGGCGCGUGAGAUCCAGCGUGUUUAUGACCUGACCAAGGUUUCGCAUUGA